CUGCUUUGCUACUUCAGAUUACUUGUCAGAGGUUAUACUUUUUAGCUUCCCCCAUUCUGCAAGGCUACUCAACCAUGUGCCAGCUGGAGUAGUCUCUGCUCACAAUGUCUUUGCAAAGGCUCAUGCAGCAGGGCAGCAAUGCCAACUUGGUGGACUACUGCGCUGGCCCAGCAUGUAACUCAUACUCCACACUCUCGGGCAACUAUUCCAUGGAUGAUAGUAGGAGGAUUCAAAUGCUGGCUGACACUGUGGCUACUUUGCCUCGGGGCCGAAAGCAGCUUGCUUUGACGGCAUCAAGUUCUUUAGGUGACUUUUCCUGGUCUCAAAGAAAGCUUGUUACUGUGGAAAAGCAGGAUAAUGGAACGUUUGGAUUUGAAAUUCAGACGUACAGGCUCCAGAACCAGAACACCUGCUCCUCAGAGCUGUGCACUCUGGUCUGCAAAGUCGAGGAGGACAGCCCAGCACACUGUGCUGGCCUGCAAGCUGGUGAUGUCCUUGCAAAUAUCAAUGGUGUGGGCACAGAAGGCUUUACCCACAAGCAAGUUGUUGACCUGAUUAGAUCGUCAGGAAACCUGCUAACAAUAGAGACUCUUAAUGGAACAACAAUUCUCAAAAAAGCGGAGCUUGAAGCAAAGCUGCACGUUUUAAAGCAAACCUUGAAGAAGAAAUGGGUGGAGUUCAGAACUCUGCAGUUACAGGAACAGCGCCUGCUUCACGGCGACACAGCUCACUGCCCAAGUCUGGAAAGCACGGACGUGGAUGAAUCAAUUUUGUCUGGAACCCUGCCCGGGCCAGGCUCAGCCCUCGCGGACGGGAAUCGAUUAUCCAGCGGGAGCAGCUGGCUGAGCUCCCUGACCGCGGACAGCGAGGACAGCUACCAGACGUGUAUGUCUGAGGACUCGAGCAAGGGAGCCUUCAGCCGGCAGACCAGCACAGACGACGAGUGCUUUGUCCUCAGGGACGGCGACGAUUUUCUGAAGAGGUCAUCUUCGAGGAGGAACCGCAGCAUCAGUACCACCAGCAGCGGGUCCAUGUCUCCCGGGUGGGAAAGCAACUUCUCCAGCAUGUUUGGGACCCUGCCCCGGAGAAGCAAAAGGGGAAGUGUCCGGAAACAACUCUUAAAAUUCAUCCCUGGCCUUCACCGCCCCGUGGAAGAGGAAGAGAGUCGCUUCUGAUGGGCUGUGAUGCCCUUUCCCCUGAGCUUAUUUCGUAAAUAUUUCUGGACUUGUUUAGACCAACUCCACCCAGCUUGGUGGGAAAGUGCAAAUGAAUUGCAAAACUGACAUCCCCUUUCAUGCCAAGAGUGACCUUUAUUUAAAUGUUUUCUAUCGUUAUUUUUGCUGCUUAUUAUUAUUAUUUUUUAAACCAGAACAGCUCAAGUUCGAAGCAGACAGUAAGGAAAUAAAGUUGUAAGUUAGAUAAUAUGACAAAUUAACAUAAGUGCUUGCUCAUUCUAAUCUGCCUGUGAAGGCUGGAGUAAUAUUUAUUUUUGUAGAAUAUCCAUGUGAAAAAUUGAGAACUUUGGAGUCAAGUGUAAAUAAGAGAGUGACAAUAUAAUUAUUGACAAUAUAAAUACCUUCUGUAGGUUAAUAGGUAGGUAUCAAAACUUUGUGUUAGUAACCUCUGGGGAGGCUUAAAAACAGGCAAUUUUGAAUGUUUCUGUUGAACUAUAUGAAGGGUAUUAUAAACAAAGAUGAUCAUUAGCUAUUUUACACAUCUGCAAUGGCAAUAAGGCCAGAAAUAUAAGAUUUAAUAUGAGGGUUUAGCAUCAUGAGAUCCAUGGGAAGGAUAUUGUCUAAGGUGGGUGCUGAGGAAGACUAUAAUAAAUUUUGUAAAAUUUUGUUGUUGUUUGUUUGUUUUUGUUUUUUAAUAGGCAGCCUAAACAAAAUGUGUGGGAAUGUUAUUCUUACCCAAUUCAUUUUUUAUUCUGCCUAAAUGUUGAUGACAAGACGAGAACUUGCAAGAUCCU